UGUGUUGCAUCAGGGAUGAGGUCUUCAUUGUUGCCUUGCUUGGGAUCCAGGACCCUCCAUCCAUCAGCCCAGAUCAUUCUGCUGCCUAAUGCUAGAGGAGCAUCUGACCACCCACCCUGCCCUCCCUGGGAGCAAUCAGCCCUGCUAAUAUCCCUGGGCACAGUCCAAGCAGGCAUCUUCCCUGCCCAGCUACACAGAGGAAACGUUUUCCCUGGAAACUUCCCAAUUUCAGGCGGAUUAUUCCUGGAUGCAUGGGCUCCUGGUGCAUUCUCUGUUGUGCCCACCCAGCAUCUGCCAAGCAUCCUGUGCCAAGCGGAGGUGACUGCCAUGGCUUGCAAAUGUGCUUAGAGAAACAGGGGGUCCAUCAGGUGAGCACCGUGCAGCAGCAGCAGAGGUAAUGAUUGAUGGAGCUAAACUGGGCUCCCUUGUUACUUUCAGCCACAGAGUAGCCGAGCCAGUUCCAAGACUCCACCCCCCUCCAGUAACGAGUCCUCAUUAAAGCAGGAUGUCUGGAUAUACAUCUGACCCACGCCAGCCUAGCACAGAGAUCAUCAGUCUCCAGGAAUGCAUCUGACCUGUUAGUGGGAGAGACUGGCAUUCAAGAGAAAGGAAUUUGCUGAGACAUUCUUCAACCUGGCUGCAGCCUCACAGCACAAACGGCAAUAAAACCGAAAGAGGUGGAGCACCUGUGCGGAAGGUACACAAUGCCCUUCAUGUGCUGUUAUUGUAAACCCAAACUCAUCUGCGUGGAUUGUACCACGUUCCUGUGAAACCUGCCUUUUCUCCGUCCUCCGCAGCUCCCAAGUUGAACGGUUGCGAUACCCAAAAAGUUCCAUGGAAAACACCUUUGGGAGCACCGUGGUAUAAUAUCAAAGUUUUAAGCAUUCCCAAUAUUUGAAUAAAAACAUCCUAAGGAAUUUGAUUUCCCCCCCCGAGCUGCCUGGGUAGAAUCCACGAGAUCAUGUAACAUCCAGCGGAGGAUUUCAGAAAGACCAUGGACAUCUCUAGUGGACAGCCUGCUCUGCUUUACUCCACCGACAUUGCGGUCUUGCCAAACAAGUAUUUCUAGGUGUGAGAGUUGCAAUCUUUCUCUAGCCACAUGCAGGGGGCGCUGGGAGAAAACAAAGUGGCGGACAGUAAUGUGAAAAAAAUCCUUAUGUCGUGUCUGAAAGGGCAGCAGGUCAUCAUCAAGAUGGAGGCCAUGAAAAUCAUACAGGCGGAGAAGUUCUCCGAGUGCCAGAACGUUCAACAGCGGUAUGGGCCUCCGUCACGAAGGGAACCUCCUUUAGUUGCCAAACGUGCCUGGCCCUCAGACUCCGAAAUUAUUGUCAACCAGGCCUGCGGGGAAAUGCCCACUUUGGAAAACGCUCCGAGCACUUUGGGGCUUCCAAGGACACCUCCUCCGCCGCGGCGGGAAAAGAUCUACCCUGGCCAACGGAAAGCUAGCACAGAGAUUUGUUACCAUCGCAAAACCCCUUCCGACGAAGUUAUAGUAAACCAAUACGUGCUGCAUCCUUCCACUCCCUGUGAACCUUUAGAGUGUCCAACCUGUGGCCACAUGUACAAUUUUACGAACAAGAGGCCUCGGAUCUUAUCCUGUCUCCAUUCUGUGUGUGAGGAGUGCCUGCAGAUCCUCUACGAGUCAUGCCCCAAGUACAAAUUCAUUUCGUGCCCCACCUGCAAGAGGGAAACUGUGCUGUUUACAGACUAUGGCCUGGCAGCCCUGGCUGUGAACACCAGCAUUCUCAACAGGCUGCCAACGGAGGCCCUUUCAGCCAACCCGGUACAAUGGAGCAGCGAAGCAGACCGCAGUUGCUACCAGACCUUUCGCCAGUACUGUGGUGCAGCUUGCAGUUGCCAGAUCCGUAAUCCACUAUCUUCCUGUACCAUCAUGUAGCUGUAUUGUAGCUUUUGUGACUGGGGUUGCCCUGGGGAACUGUUAUUUAAUGUUCAGUAUUAUCUCGGUUGGUGUCAGAAGUGGGACCCAGGGCAGCUAACUGCAGAUAUCUACUUCUUUCUAAGCUCCAUAUCAGUGAAAUAGACUGUGAUUGACAGUGAUAUCUCAACUGACAUCGUUUACAUCUUCCUUCCAUUUGUCUCGAUGAGUCCUUGCAUCUCUCUGUAGUUUGUCUGUUCGAGCACUUUCUUGUCCACCUCAAUUUCUUCCCUUCUCUCUCUCUUACUUUGUGUCUCUCCCCUUCCACUGUACAUACGCAUGGAUGGACAGGUAUAGGCAAUGACUUUAACCAUAUCAGUGGACAGUUGUCCAGCUCAUAUCAGCUGUGUCACCUAAGACCGACACCAAGCACAACUUAUCCUCUGGCCGUGACGGUGGAGAGCAAAGCCAAGGGUUGUUGACGGAGGCUUUUGGUCAUUGUGGAUUAUUUAACACACCCCUGGCAAUCUAGGGGCUGUCAGACACCUCUCUCUCUGUCUAAUUUGUUUUUGCCAAAGCUAUAAAUUCAUUUGCUGAACUUAAAAAAAAGAGAAUUGAAACAGAAAAUUAUAUAUUUUAAAUUAUUGUAUCUAUUUGAAAAAAGUAAAAAAACAACAAAAAAAACAAACAAAAAAAAAACGGGUCACUUCGUUAACCACUUUGCAAAUCCCUCUCAGCCAUGAACAUUUUAACCAUCUCCCUGCCAGAGAGGUCUGCAGUAGAUUGCAGUGCGAUGUAUUGACAGCCUUUUUUUUUUUUUUUUCUGGCGGCCUUAAGGGUCAUUUUGCAACAUACGGGCUCUGACGGGAGAAUCUUGAUGGGAGGCGUCUCUCUUGUUUAUGUUAAAUGGGAUGCAAUGAUGUCUUUUUAAAAGGAACCCUGCUAUUUAAUAGCUUGCUGUCAAGAGAAAGUUGUUGCCGUACCUUGGCUUCUUCUAUAGCUAAAAUAACCAUCAGCUGCAUAAAUGGCUUCAACACACA